UUGGCUCUUUCUCGCUUCUCUUUAUCUCUGUCUACAUUUCAAUUUCUCAAUUCAAUCUCCGUAAUCUCACCUUUUGGCAAUUUACUGUCGGAUCAAAAUUAUAUUUAGCUGAAAUAUUUCUCGAUUACAUUUUCUUGAAAAGUUGGUUUAGUGAAUUUUGUUUCCCUAUUAUUAGGUUUUUCUAGAUUGGCUGGAAAACAAAGAUAGGCUGCGAAAUCAGAAAUGGAUUCAGAGGCAAAGGAUUCGUCUCAAUGUGUUAGAGUUGCCGUCAACAUUCGGCCUCUCAUCACCUCCGAGCUUCUGAACGGAUGUACAGAUUGCAUCACCGUGUUUCCUGGUGAACCUCAGAUUCAGAUAGGAUCGCACACUUUUACUUACGAUUAUGUGUAUGGUAGCACAGCUGCACCUUCUGUUAAAAUAUAUGAUGAUUGUGUGGCACCUCUGGUUGAUGCACUAUUCCAUGGCUACAACGCCACAGUUCUUGCUUAUGGCCAGACUGGUUCCGGAAAGACUUAUACAAUGGGGACUAAUUAUAGCGGUGAAGGAAGUAGCUUCGGAAUUAUACCUAAAGUAACGGACAAUAUUUUUAAAAGAGUUGAGGCAGAAAAAGAAUCUACAGAAUUCCUGAUCAGAGUAACAUUUAUUGAGAUUUUCAAGGAGGAGGUAUUUGACUUGCUUGAUUCAAAUUUGCCCAAUUUGAACAAAGGCGAUGGGUCAUCUGUGGCGAAGCCUGUUGUCCCAGCAAGGGCUCCUGUCCAAAUCAGAGAAACAGUGAACGGAGGCAUAACACUUGCUGGCGUAACUGAGGCAGAAGUUAGGACAAAAGAAGAGAUGGCAUCAUAUAUAUCUCGCGGUUCUCUGUCCCGUGCAACUGGAAGUACCAACAUGAAUAGUCAAUCAAGUCGUUCGCAUGCUAUCUUUACUGUUACCAUGGAACAAAAGAAAAUUAAUCAUGGCACAACUGAUGAUAUCGGUGAUGAUAUAUUAUGUGCUAAACUCCAUUUAGUGGACCUUGCUGGUUCAGAACGUGCUAAACGAACAGGUGCUGAUGGCUUGCGUUUAAAAGAAGGCAUCCAUAUCAAUAAGGGAUUAUUAGCUCUUGGUAAUGUGAUAAGUGCAUUGGGUGAUGACAAGAAGCGUAAAGAAGGAGGUCAUGUUCCAUAUCGUGAUAGCAAGUUGACACGGUUGUUACAGGAUUCUCUUGGAGGAAACAGCAAAACAGUGAUGAUUGCUUGUGUUAGUCCUGCGGACACAAAUGCUGAGGAGACUUUAAACACUUUGAAGUAUGCAAAUCGAGCACGUAACAUUCAGAACAAAGCAGUUAUCAACCGCGAUCCAAUGACAGCUCAAAUGCAAAGGAUGCGAAGCCAAAUUGAGCAGUUGCAGGCUGAGCUUCUAUUUUGUCGUGGCGAUUCUAGUUCACCUUAUGAUGAUCUUCAGAUUCUGAAACACAAAGUAUCUUUACUUGAAGCAAGCAACAGUGAGUUACAACGGGAGCUUCAAGAACGCAGAGUAACCUGUGAGCAUUUAACACAAUGUGCUCUGGAUGCUCAGGUUGAAAAGGACAAGUUGAUAAUGCAAAUUGAAUCAGCUCGGAAUGGGAAAUCAUGGGAUGAGAUUGAAUGUAGUUCAACUAAGGACUUUGAUUUGUUAAAAACUUAUGUGUCAAAAAUUCAAGAGUUGGAAGGGGAAUUGUUGCGUGUGAAGAGCUCGUGCAACUCCAAACGUAGUCGAAAUGCUGAUAACGUUGAAUUUGAUGAUGAUGGAUUCCACUCAAAGAAUGUACUAUUCCCAUGUAUAAAUGAGUUUUCUUCUGAUUGUGAUACCAAAGCUUUGGACAUUUCUGAUGAGAUUGAAGAUGAAGAAAAGGAGCUAGAACAUUCUUCUCUUCAAGAAAAACUGGACAAAGAGCUCAAGGAGUUGGAUAGGAAACUUGAACAAAAGGAGGCUGAAAUGAAGCGGUUUUCUAGUGGCGAUACUUCAGUUCUUAAACAACAUUAUGAGAAGAAAGUCCUAGAGCUUGAACAUGAAAAGAAAAUUUUGCAGAAAGAAAUUGAGGAACUGAGACUCAAUCUUGCAAAUAUAUCAUCUAAUUCUGACGAUGGUGCUAAAAAAUUGAAGGACGAGUACCUUCAGAAGUUGAAUGCCCUUGAGGCACAGGUUGCAGAGUUGAAGAAAAAACAGGAUGCCCAAGCUCAACUCUUGAGACAGAAACAAAAAAGUGACGAGGCAGCAAAACGGCUACAGGAUGAGAUUCAAAGAAUUAAGUCUCACAAGGUUCAAUUGCAACAAAAGAUUAAGCAAGAGUCCGAACAGUUCAGAUUAUGGAAGGCAUCACGAGAAAAGGAAGUCCUUCAGCUUAAGAAAGAAGGAAGGAGGAAUGAGUAUGAGAUGCAUAAACUAUUAGCUUUAAACCAAAGACAGAAAAUGGUUUUGCAAAGAAAAACAGAAGAGGCUUCAAUGGCUACUAAAAGACUCAAAGAGCUUUUGGAAUCUCGAAAAGCUUCCUCACGUGACAAUUACAGUGCUGGAAAUGGGAAUGGUCCUGGAAUUCAGGCUCUAAUGCAAACAGUUGAGCAUGAGCUUGAAGUCACAGUACGGGUACAUGAAGUACGUUCUGAAUAUGAGCGCCAAAUUGAAGAGAGGGCAAGGAUGGCGAAUGAGAUAGCAAAGUUGAAGGAAGAGGCACAAAUGCUAAAGCAAACUAAUUUCAGUGAUAGCCCAGAAACAAUGUCUCCUGGUGCAAGAAAUUCAAGAAUUUUUGCACUUGAAAACAUGCUUUCAUCUUCGUCGAGUACCUUAGUUUCAAUGGCGUCACAAUUGUCAGAAGCAGAAGAACGUGAACGAAUUUUUAAUGGUAGAGGACGUUGGAACCAAGUUCGAUCUAUGGCUGAUGCAAAAAAUAUUAUGAAUUAUCUAUUCAAUUUAGCUUCUUCUUCCAGGUGCUUGUUAAGAGAUAAAGAAGUUGAUUGUAGAGAAAAAGAGGCUGAAAUAAGAGAUUUAAAAGAAAAGGUAGUGAAACUCAGUAGUGUUGCUAGACAACUCGAAACACAUAAGGCUGAACUGAUUCAUCAGUUGAGGUUGCAGAAUUCAACUUUAAAAAAGUUAUCUAUGAAAGAAGAAAACUUGGAUAAUUUUGAUCGAGGACAUAAAUACGAUUUGCGGAAGCCGGGAUACCGAAACUCAUUAAUGCAUUUGGAAGAUAUGGACACAUCUGAUUCUGAACAUUCAGAUGUAAAUGAAGAUGAAGAAUGGGUAGAGUCAGGAAAACAACCCGUUAAGAGAAGAAUUUCUAAAAAUGGAAGUCGCUCAAGUUUCGGGCUUAAUCAGUUUGGAGUUAACGACUCGGAAAAAAUGAGAUUAGAGUAUUCAGGGGAAGAAACUGUUGUUGAGAAGAAAAACAAUGACUCUGGAUUAUGUUGCUCAUGUAGUAAGAGCUCAUCAUGCAAGACAAAUAAAUGUCAAUGCCGAGCAUCUGGAGGCAUUUGUAAUUCAUCUUGCGGAUGUACAACCGUUAAGUGCUCUAACAGAGAAGCUGUUACUGACAAGGAGCAUGACUUCCAACAAUCUGAUUUGGCCAAUAGCGAAGUGGGUGGUGCAGGGACUGAUGAUACACAGAAGAAUCACCUUGCCUCACAGGGUGCCAUGCUACUGCAGAGCGCACUUAUUGAGGCACCUACUGAGACUAAUAAUAAUGGCGGGCCGAGGAGGAAACCUUUAUCAGACAUUGGAAACACAUUGGUUAAAUCCAAUGCACUAAAGCCAAAUCAGAGGAAGAAAUGGCGGAAAUCCGUUAUUCAGCUUGUUCCUGUUGCCCCAGAUUCCAUGCAGCCAGAAAACAACAGCAACACCACCGAAGUUCCCAAAAAGGUAGAUAAUAGCGCAAGUGAGGCAGAGAUUCCUUUGAAGUUACCAAGGGCAAUGCGUUCAGCUGCAUCAAAUAGUAGCAACCUGUUAAGGGAUAGAAAUGCUGAUCAAUCAGAUGAAUCAGUUAACAAGGAAACUGCCAUUCUCGCUUCAAGAAGUCCUGCUCGGCCCAAAACAACUUCAGAAGAGAAAGAGAACUUCAGCCGUUGACUUCAGUCAAACCAAACCACCUUGUCAUCGUUUAUCUGGAUUCGUGGGAUCUUACAGGAGUUGGAGCCUUGGUAGUAGUGCAUUUUAUUGUGUAAAAUACGAAAUUGAUUGAUGUUCAAGCAGUUUAAGAACAGACCAGGAUCGCUACCUUUAGCUUCAAUAGAUAGAGAGAAUGGUUUGAUUGAGUUCGAAUGUGAAAGUGCCCUAAAUUAAAUGAAUUUCCCGGAGGAAGUGUUUUGCUCCUAGUUUGAAAAACA